AGAUUAUAUACGUGUAUUGCGCGCGGCGUGGCGCUGGCGCUUAAAAUCAAAAAGAGGUUAUUUAGUAUGAAAUUGCAGCCCAUGGUGCUUCCUCUACCAUAUUGCAGCCAUGGUAUAAAUAUUUAUACCAUGAUUACAACCUGACUGAGCCUGAUGCGCUCAAUGUAGAACCAUCAUAAUAUAGACUAAUGUAAACUAAUUGUACAAUUUUGGGUCUCAUUUGAAGUUCAAGUAACAUUAAAGAAUCUGAUAGCCAAAGGUGACGAAGAAGAAGACUAAUAAAAUUCACAUAAGGUCAUAUCGGCUCAACGGUUGAAGUCGGCAGUCAUAAAAAGAGAAGAAGACUAAAAUUCACAACAGAAAAAAAAUCCUAAAAAUUAUAGUUUGAAAAAAAUUAAGAAAUUUACGAAAUGUUUACUUUUAUGAAAUUGCUAUUCGUGCUUAUCAACAUAUUCACGGCACUAUUUCUUUUUUAUAUUUAUUUAGAAUUUAUAUUAGAUAUGUGUUUUCACUGGCUCUUCAACAACGUUCAAGAUAUGCAGCAAUAUGAUUAUAUUAUUGUUGGUGCCGGUAGCGCUGGUGCAAUUUUAGCAUCGCGUCUAGCAAAGGAUAAUUAUAGCGUAUUAUUGCUAGAAGCAGGUGGUACUGCUCCAAUUUUGCUUGAUAUACCAUUCUUGGCACCGAUGAUUCAGAAUACUGUUUAUGAUUGGCAAUAUGUCACCGUUCCUCAAAAGCAUGCGUGUAAAGGCUUAAUCAAUAACCAAAGCAGAUGGCCUAGAGGUAAAGUUCUUGGAGGCACAAGUCGUCUAAAUUAUAUGGCUUAUGUAUUAGGACAUCGACUAGAUUAUGAGAAAUGGUUCCCAAAUUUUAUUGAAUCAGUUGCAAACAAUGAUGAAGAAAUAAAUAUUAGUGAAAUGAGAUGGACCACUGGUUUUGCUGAUAUAUUUUUGAAGGCAAUAAAGGAACUAAAUCACAAUAUUAGCAACAUAAAUUCACACUUGGACAAAGGUUUUAUGAAAGCUCAGUUAACAAUGAAGAAUGGUAGAAGAUGGAGUACAGACAAGAUAUUGUAUAAAAAAUCCAAUCAUGCUUUAACUAUACUUACUCAUGCACGUGCCGUUAAAAUAUUGAUAAACCUGGAUAAAGUUGAGGGAAUUGAAUUUGUUAGAUUUGGUAAUAAAUAUACAGCGAUAGCAACGAAGGAUGUUAUUUUAAGCGCCGGCACUGUUGAAAGUCCAAAAUUGUUGAUGUUAUCUGGAAUUGGUCCAAAAAAGCAUUUGGAGGAAUUCGGUAUUAAUGUAAUUAAUGAUUUGCCAGUUGGUCAAACUUUGAUGGAUCAUAUAUUAACCGGUCUUGACUUGGUUAUACUCAAUACGAGUCUUGGAUUGAAUUUUUCUGAUAUCUUUAAUCCUAUAUCAGCCUUCAAUUACUUCUUUUUUGGAAAGGGACCAUGGACAUCAUCAGGAGUAGAAGUAUUAGGGACUUUUCAAAGCCCUUUACAUGCAAAUGAAUCUACAGUACCAGAUUUGCAGUUGAUGAUGUUACCUUUAGGAGUGUCAAAAGACAAUGGCGUUAUAUUAAAAAAAGCAAUGGGAAUUUCUGAUGAGGUCUACAGCAAAUAUUUUGCUGCAUUUUCACACCAAGAUACAAUAACAAUUGCACCUGUAUUAUUACAUCCUAAAAGUAGUGGAGAAUUACGAUUGCAAAGCAGCGAUUUCUUUCACGAGCCGCUGAUUGAUCCAAAAUAUUUGUCAAAUGAGGACGACAUCGACACUCUCAUAGAAGGUAUAUAUUUUGUAAAAGAACUCUUGAACACGACCGUUAUGAGAGCUCAUGGUGCAUCUCUCAAUAGAAGAGUUUUCCCCGGUUGUGAGAACCAUGUUUUUGAUACCAGAGAUUAUUGGAGAUGUUACAUACAACAGUUAACACUGACAUCUUACCAUCCGGCCGGUACAUGUCGCAUUGGCGACGUUGUUGAUACAACAUUUAAAGUUUACAAUAUAAAAAAUUUAUAUGUCGUGGAUGCAUCAGUUCUUCCAUCAUUACCAAGCGGAAAUAUCAAUGCGCCUGUGAUUGCAUUGGCACAAAGAGCGGCCCGUAUUCUUAUUGAAAGAAGGAAAGCAGAACAAAAAAGAAAUCUUCAAAAACAGUCUAAAUCAUAUUAUGUUUGUUACGUAUUUAAUAUUUGUAUCAAUAUCGUGUGAUUUAUUGUGUAAAUAUGCAAAUAAAAUUUAUAAUUAACUAGCUCAUUAAUAUUGAUAUUCCAAUGUACAUACACAAAAAUGGAUUGUCAUUGAUUUAAUAAUACAUUCAUCGAUGUAAUAUGAAAAA